AUGAUGCGACCAAGGUCAAGAAUGAUAAAAGAGUUAUGUCAUAGAAAGUUCAAAGUUUACACCCCUCCGCUUGCCGAUUUAUUCCUCAAACCUUCCAACAAAUCGCAUACUACGGAAAGCGAACGUAACUGUUAUGCGUGAUUCUGAUUCUGUGGGCAAGAAGCUGAAUGAGCUUUGGUCGAAAACAAGGUUCAAUGAAAAGAACAAUGUAAUCUUGAAAAAGGCAUUUACAUUGUUUUGCAAAGACGAAGACUACUGGAAGAUCACAAUGCAUGCCAACUUAACCACCCCACAGCCGAAGAUGCUAGAAUGAGAACUAGACCAGUGAGAAUCUCUUUCCAGGAUCAGAAGGCAAAUUUCCAUUCCAUCAAUAUUAAAAAGAAACUUGCAUUACCAAAGCACAGAAGCCCCCCUAGAUGUUCUUUACGUUUCUUUGUUGCUAAUAACAUUCAAAUAGUUAUUCACACUGCAUGUCCCAGUAAAAAUUGCCUUCCAGACAACGACUGUGCCAUCGCAGAUCACAAGGUCAUUGCCGACAAGGGAUGAGCCCAAGAACAGAACCAGAUCCGCGAUAUACAGCACACAAAGAGUAAAGCCAAUUCAUAAUAACAAAAACUGCCAGUAAAAGCUGCUUCCAGACAACGACAGUGCCAUCGCAUAUGACAAGGCCAUUGCUGAGAAGGUACGAACCUAAGAACAGGACCAGAUCCGGGAUAUACAGCACACAAAGAGUAAAAAUAAUUCAUAAUAACAAAAACCGUUGUGAUGAAGCUGUGGAAAUGCACAUUCCGUAAUUUCAAGUCGAAAUCCGUAACGAAGGACAUAGACAAACAAGAAAUUGGCCAAAUUUCUCACACCAAACUCCGAUCGUAAGGCCACAAAAGACGAACCAUCGACAAGAUCGACGCUGGAAAUAGGAACCAAAAACUACGAUUAUCCUCAAACGGAACGGGAAGGGGUGAAAAUAGGCGGAUUGUGACUUACAAAGCAGUCGUCAUCGAUGGUGUAGAUGUACUUCUUCUUGGAGACCAUGUAACCAAAGCAGCGACAGGCCGAGUCCUUGAAGGAGAUGCAGGAGGCCUUGGGCCCCAAGAUGCGGUUGAUAUCAUUACGAUUGUAGAGCUCAUAGUCGAAACCCUCUGGAACAUGGAUCUUCCUCGAGGGGUCCCCAUCCUGCACAAUGAUGAGGUGGUAGGGCUGGAAGAAUGGCCGCCACAUCUCCAGGAAGUCCAGGUUCCGGAUCGUCGGAAUCACGAUGUCCAGCUCGUCCUUCAGUAG